GUAUGUGCAGAGAGGUUGGCCCUUUAUCGUUUCAAGGGAUUCGAGAGGUGCUGAGAUACUUCUUCCAUGUAUCCCCUGGUCUACAUUCACGCGCUCGACUCCCCUCAUGGCUCCAUGCCUUGUGGCGCAUACGGCGAAGCAUCCAUUGAUUUUGCCUGAUUUGCCUCGUUUACACAGCCUAUGAAUGGCGAGGCUGCCUGGAGUAUACCUAUAACACGACGCGUCUUCCGCAUCGCGCAACAUAACAUCUCCUCUCUUGAAGCAUCUGGUACCAUCUGGACACCAUCCAGAUACAACCAGUAUGGCGACGACCACGGUAAAUUCGAUGCUCCCUACCCCUCCUAACAGUCCAUCUCUUUCAUCUCGCAAGCCAGUCGAUUCCAUCGCCGUCGCAAUCGCUGAGGUCUUGCCCGAGACGUUGCCCUCGCCACCCGUGAACGACUGUUCAGCCUUAUCCCAGCAGAGGCCAACACCACCACCAGACAAUGCGACAUCGUCGGCAAGCACCACACCAUCGCCCCCAGUUACUCCCGACAAACGAGUGGUAGUAAGAAGCACCCCGUCACGUACCCUCGCUACUCUUAAGAAAGACCUCCACAUCGAAGGCUGGCAAUGUGGUGCCCAGACCAAGAGACAAACAAGGUGCCGGUUGUUUAUCAAAUGCUGCAACAGGGACCUUAUUGACGCGCAGCUUAAUUCCAUGACAAGCAUGACGGCCUCCUCUCCACAUUUUGAAUCCGCUGCGUACAAUCUCGUCAAGCUAGUGCACUGUCACUUGCACAUUAAGAAUAAUAAGUCUACGGAAGACCGACUUGACACAUGGAGACUUGCGUUCCCGCCCCGUAGCCCUGAUGACAGCGCGCUUGGGAUAUCCGUUGAAGAGCUUAUUAGAGAGGCCCUCGGGCCGUUCAGAACACAAUGCCAUGCCCAAGAGGAGAAAGAAUGCAAGAGAAUUGGAGGACAGAAGGUCCAGAAUUGCGAGAGAACGCUCCAAGAGCUCAUCAAGCCAGAAAUAUACUCUGACAGCGCCAAGUUAGAGUUGUUACUCAAGGCGCUGGAGUGGAAUAGGACUUGCAUCGACCAUGAAAGAUCAGAGAAAUUCAGGUGGGUUGCGGCGUGGAAGGAAAGCAUCGUGGCGGUACUGCCUCUGCCUAUAGUAGAGGACGGCCUGGCGGUUGUCAGCGAUGCACUGGAAGAGUCUUCAUCCUCUCCAAAGGUUUUCCCAGGCUCUCCUAUCACCUUGACUCCGUUGACAAAUGAGACUACCGUCACCAUCGCACAUGCCUUGCCUACCCCAGAUCCCGAUCCAGCCCUGUACUGGCCAAAAGCCUAUGACACAAGCCCCUUCAACAUUCUCCAGCAUAUCAAUCACCGCGCAAAUCUGGAAGAGCUGAUCGGAAACUCGCUAUGUGGCCCUGACCUUAAAGCGGGGUACGUCUACGCCUACGAAGUCCCGGGCAACGAAGGCUACGUCAAGAUCGGCUUCACCAACCGCUCCCUCACAGAACGCCACGAUGAGUGGUCGUUCGACUGUAACAGGCUUACCAAACCAAUUUACCCCUCCACUGCUCAAAUCGCUGCUGCCGUCUCAGACGAUAAAAUGUCGGCCUUGGAGGUCCCGCACGCACGUCGCGUCGAGGCAUUGUGCCAUGCUGAGCUCAGUCGUCGAAGCAUCAGGAUCUACUGCAGCGCGUGUUUGAAGCAACAUAAAGAGUGGUUCGAAGUAUCGGCGGAGGAGGUCACGGCUGUGAUUCAGAAGUGGUCAAGGUGGAUGGCUACGCGUCCUUAUGUGCUAAGUAAGAAUAGUGGGACGCUUAAGGUGGAUGAGAGGAAUCGGAUGCAUGAUUUCAACCGGUUUUUGCGUGAGGUUGGGGAAGUGCCUGCUGUAUCGAGUGCAGAGGGCGAAGGAAUCGGGGCGAGCCAAUCACCAUCUUGAACGUCUAUGAUGCUGCACGGCGAUGGACAGGGCACUGCAGAGAUGUGCGGCGGGGACUGAUCAAACUGAUCAUUCACUCAGGCCUUCGAAUCGACAACCGAAGAUUAGGUGGAAAUGGCCUGCAAGCAAGCAAACAGCCCCAUUAAGUGGGACGACAAACCCUAUUGUACGCCACCCACCGCUUCUCGAGGACAUCAAUCCCGCUCUCCCACU